AUGGCAAUGGUGGUUUGUACCGAGCCCUGGUGGACAAUGGGAUUUUGGGGGACAUGGAGCGCCGUGGAGUACAGUACGUCCACGUGUACUGUGUGGAUAACAUCCUCGUUAAAAUGGCGGACCCUGUCUUCAUUGGCUUCUGUGUGCUGAAGGGUGCAGAUUGUGGGGCCAAGGUCGUGGAGAAGGCCUACCCCACAGAGCCUGUGGGUGUGGUGUGCCAGGUGGAUGGCAUUUACCAGGUGGUGGAAUACAGUGAGGUGGGCCUGGACACGGUGCAGCGCCGGGAUGAGAGCGGGAAUCUGGUCUUCAACGCAGGCAACAUAUGCAACCACUUCUUUACCCGGAGCUUCCUGCAGACUGUUACUCGGGAAUUUGAGCCUUUACUGAAGUCACAUGUUGCCAUCAAGAAGGUCCCUUUUGUGGAUGAGGAUGGAAAUCUGGUAAAGCCUCUCAAGCCAAAUGGAAUAAAGAUGGAGAAGUUCGUGUUUGAUGUGUUCCAGUUCUCAAAAAACUUUGUUGCCUUUGAAGUCCUGAGAGAAGAGGAAUUCUCUCCCUUAAAAAAUGCAGACACCGCGAACAAAGACAGCCCCACCACUGCCCGGCAGGCCCUCCUAGCUCAGCACUACCGUUGGGCCGUGCGGGCUGGUGCCCACUUCUUAGAUGAAAAUGGAGUCAGGAUUCCAGAGCAGCCCAG